GUGCCUGUGAUUGGCGAAGCGAUAACGAUGACGUCAACAAGUGCAUUGUUUCGCUAUAAAGGAACAGGCCUAUCAUUUUCAUUGAAAUGGGAAACUAAAAAGAGAGAGUGCGGGUACCGUACGAAUUUGGCAUCGGGAUUGCUUGUGGUACCACCACAUCAUCUGGACACCUCUUGUGAUUGGUUCAUUUCGGCACCAAUGGACAAGCAUAUCGAAAUCGAAAUACCCACUAUUGAAAUGACUACCGGAGGAUUGAUGAACUGCAGUGUGAAUCAGUUAGAAGUUCGUACAACUGGGCCGUUCAUGACGAUCUCCUUCAGAAAUAAUGUACUAGGCGGCUCGAAAAGUCCUCUACAACGAGGAUUCGUAAUGAAGUAUAAAACCAUUGAACCCGAUCAUAGAUGUGGUGGCGAUAUCACAAACGUUGAUGGCGAUUGGAGAUUCGCUGGCAUCAUUGAGAGUCCUAAUUAUGGUGGAUUUUAUCCACCGAAUAUGGACUGUUCAUGGAGACUUGAUGCCAUCGGCUCAGAGAACUCGUCCGCUUCUGGUCAAACUGUCUGCCGCUGUAAGAGUCUAGCUUCAGGUCGGUUCGGAAUGAUGUCACCAUUUCGUCGUCGUGAGCCGCUAAUACCAUUUCGUAGGGAGUCGGUCUAUCAGUGUGCUGAAGACUAUCUACAGGUGUACGCCGACGGUCAGCUAGUGCACGACGGUUGUAAUCCACAUCGUCCACCACCGACUAUGUUAAUGUUGAUUCCACAAGUGGUGCUUCGUUUUCAUUCGGACGGCAGCCAACAAGGCAAAGGAUUUCAAAUAGCGUACAGUUUAGUCUGCGAGAAGACGUUAUUUGGAAACGGUACGAUUCAAACGUGGAACUAUCCUAGUGGUGGACCAGCAGGCAAAUGCGUUUACACGAUACGAGCAGAAGCAAGUCAUAAAAUCUUUAGAUUCAAAACUAUCGGAUUGCGUACUGCAACGACAUCACAGUGCUUUUACAAUCGAGAUUCUUACGAGACUAUAGCGGAUUACGUGGAGUUUUCUGGCGGAAAAGAUGAGGACAAACAAAUCAAUCAACGCUACAUAUGCGCUCGUUAUCCAUUUGUCGAGGAAGGAGAGUUUAUUAUGAGUGCGACGCGACCAUUAGUUAUCACCUACGUUAGCAGUGGUGAUGAAAAGAAUCGUGGUCUCCUGAUGGAAUAUACAACCAUCGACGUCGGUUGCGGAGGCUUCUACUCGCAACCUACGGGAACAAUCAGUUCUCCAAACUAUCCGGACAAGUAUCUUCCACAUAUGCAUUGUGUGUAUCAGAUACAAGUGGCAUGGUCAAAACAAGUACGCCUCACAUUCGACAAUUUUGAUAUCGAAGUAGUACAAAAUGACGAGUGUUCUUAUGACAAUGUUGCCGUAUACGAGUCGUAUGUCAGCCCAACGGAACACGGCAAUCUACUGGGAAGAUUUUGUGGAACAAUGCUGCCACCAACACUUUUAUCCGGAUCAUACAAAAUGGCUGUUGUGUUCAAUUCAGAUCGCUCCAUUGCUGGAAAUGGCUUUUCGGCAAGAUUCGAAGGCGUUGAUACGGCCAACGAUUGUGAUAGAACCUACACCGCACCGAGCGGGGAAAUUGUCUUUGAUGGCAGUCAAGGCCGAUAUUCACAAUGCGACUUUCAUAUUUCGGUGAGUUCUCCCGGCUUCUCGUCGCUCAACACCGAAUCGUCAGUGUGUGACGAGUAUCCUAUGCCAAUUCUACGAUCACACGGCAGUCGAGUUCUGAUUAGAUUGCAAACAACAGAUUCUUCCACAACACAUUUCAAUAUCAGCUACGAACAAAUAGUUUCAUCUUGUGGAGGUCAUGUCGAAGGUAUUUCCGGUUCCAUUGCCACGCCACAGUAUCCUCUAAAGGAUUCACGAAGCCUCGAUUGCUCGUGGACAAUAGCUGUGGCACUUGGUAAUCGUGUACGGUUUGCUCUGAUGAAUAUUGAUGACUUGAAGUCAAGUGAUGACAAUGGUUUUUGUGGGAUGUUUGCUGCAAAUCGCCUUGAUGUUCUCGACCGUCCGCACAGUGAUGCGCGUAUAAUGCGACGAUAUUGUCGUAAAGUGUUGGGAGCAGAGCCAUUGACGUCGAAUGACCAUGAAAUCGCAAUACGAUACAAACAACAUGGUGGUCCGAUGACCGGUCCGCUCUACGGAUUCAUGGCUCAUUUCACUACCGUUUGUACUGAUAUUGUACUGACCGACUUUACGGGGUCAAUUCAAUCACCCGGAUAUCCAAGCAAAGUCUGGACCAACCAAUACUGCUCGUGGACAAUUUCGGCUCCACUCGGAAAUCGAAUUCAACUCAACUUCCAUGAUUUUGUCGUUGAAAAGAAAUACAGAUAUGGCGGUAUACCUGGCAAAUGUUCAGAGAAUUGGACUGAACUUUUUCAGUUUGUGGCCGAAGCGACUGUGAAAAUUGGCAACUACAUCAAUGAGACGAAUGAUUUGACAGUAACCUGCUCGGAUGUAGUAAAGCCGAUAAUGGUGAAGGUACUCUUCCCUUCAUUCUGGGGUCGGAAAAUUGGUACUACAUUUGUUCUGGAUAAGCCAACUCCUUGGAAUUCACGCGGCAGCCCUCUUACAUGGAUAUGCCAGGACUCAAUGGAUAAUCGAUUCAAGGAGCAUCCAACGACGUUCAUAACGAAGACGACAAUCUUCGCUCCUUUGGCUGAUGGCUUUGGUGGCAUGACGACCAAGCUCGUAGACGUACGGGCAGUGUGA